UGGCUUCUGCAAGAUCCUCGCAGCCAUUUUCACGAAAAUGUUGCGGGCGCCAUGUCUGUGGAAGAUCCCGAAAAAGCCUUCGAAUAUAAACACAAUACUCUGCGUCUGCAGGCUCGCACCAGGGCAUCUGUGAAACCGCCGGGGACAUAAACAAAGCUGAGGGUAUCAAAGCUGUGUUGAGACAGCGUUAAACAUGAGAGCGGAUGUAAUGUCUGUUAAGCGUCUCAUGUGUUGUUGAGACGCGUAAACCGUGAGUUUUUCUCCAGACUGUCAGUAUAUCAAAACCUUCAGCCAACGAGUGACUGAUGCUCCUCACUCUGGUUGCGGAGAAGGGCCAGUUCCGUUUCCAACCAUCAUGGCUUUUGUGAGCCUCUUCUCCAGUCCCCCAAGCCCCGUACUUGACAAAAACAUGACAGACUGUGAGCUGACAGGGGAAGAAAGGGAGGAUGGUGAAUUGGAGGAUGGAGAAAUAGAUGAUGAAGGCAUAGGCAUAGAAGAAGUGAAGGAUAUAAAGGAAGAGUCUGAAGAGGUCGAGAAAGAAAAAGAAAAGGGAAAAGACAGAGAAAAAGAAGACAAGUCACACCGGCAUUCCCGGAAGAGACACAGGAAAAUUAAAGAAAAGCGACGGUCGAAGAGAAGGAGGCGAGACAGACAAAAGCAUCACUCUCCAUCCAGCGGUUCUAGCUCAGACAGCUAUGAUUCAGAGCACGAGCGUCAAGACAGACCUAAAAGCAAGAAGAGCAAAGGAACAUAUCGUGACCACGAUGGCGAAUUGGCACAGCGGGAAAAUGAACCUGGAAAGCCACCGAGAUCAAUGCAGCACAAGAACAGCGAUUUGGAUAAAUACAGUGACUACAGUGAAGAAAAGUAUGAUUAUGAUGAAGAGGAUGAUUUCACAGAGGAGCUGUCUAAAUACAAGCAUGCUAAAGAGUCGUCUGGUCAUGGCAAAGCGGGGACUAAAGACCAGGCCAAGAGACCAAUCAUGAAGGGACAACAAAAACAACAACAGCAGUUUGGUGGACAGCGUGGUAGAGGUCGUGGUGCCAUUGGCAAGGGUCGAGGAAUGCCGAACAAGAAUAAGAAACAGAAGGGCAAGAACUGGGGCCGGGGUCGUGGUCGAGGAGGAGAACAGGGUGGAGAUGGGGAUUCUAAAGGACCACCCAGUUUCCAGAAGAAGCGUCCAAUCAUGAGCCAGGAAUUCAUUAAUCAACAUACGGUUGAACACAAUGGAAGACACAUUUGUAAAUAUUUUCUUGAGGGUCGAUGCAUCAAAGGGGACCAGUGCAAGUUUGAACAUGAUAAUGUUGUUCCAGAGAAGAAGAAAGAACUGUGCAAGUUUUACGUCCAAGGAUACUGUACCAAAGGAGAUAUAUGUAUAUACAUGCACAGUGAGUAUCCUUGCAAGUUCUUUCACACUGGAGCAAAGUGUUAUCAAGGAGACAACUGCAAAUUCUCCCAUGAGCCUUUAACUGAUGUUACCAAGGAACUUUUGGAGAAGAUCCUAAAUACAGAUGAGGAAACUGUCAAUGAGGAUGAGCUGGAGUUAGAAGAUCUCAGAAAACAAGGAAUUGCACCACUGCCUAAACCUCCUCCAGGAGUUGGAUUGUUACCCACUCCUGGGCCUGGAAGUCCACCGGAUGGAGGCAAGAAGAUCCCCUCUCUGUUUGAGAUUAAAGUUCAGCCUACUGUGGACUUGGCACAGAAGAUUGCUCUGAGGCCCAAUUUCUACAACAGUACGUCUCCCCCUGCUGGACAGUUUCAAGGCGGUCCACAGUUUGGCAGUAGCCCUGAGGAUAUGCAGGCUGGUAAUAUGAUGUCUUCUCCGCCCAAUCCUUCCCAUUCCCCUCAUCCAGGCUCCAUAGGGAGCCCUCCCCUACCAUUCACAGGUCCAGGAAUGCCCCAAAGCCCACCAGGCCAACCUCCACCCCAGGGCUUUGGCCAGUGCUCUCCAAUGCCACCUCCAGGUCAGCCGCCUGCUUUCCAUGGAAACAUGCAGCACAUGAACCGUCCUCCACCAAAUCAACAGGGGGCUCCAUUUCAACCUGUGCCUGACAUGCAAAUGAACAUGCCUUUCCAAAACAUGGGCCAGAUGCCCUCGGAGUUCUUCAAGAAUUUGUUCAGCAGCCAGUCUCUGGCCCAAGGGGAUGAGGGACCCAUGCAGGACUCCCAGCCACAUGGUAAUCCUGAUUCCAGUGGGAUGCAGGACUUACUUCCGGCUGUACAGAAGGCUUUGCUUUUACAUCUAAACCAGAACAAGCAAGAGUCUGACUCUCACAGGGAUGAAGGACAAGGGUCUGCACCUCCCAACAGAGAGAAAGAUGAAGCCCCUAAUUGGUACUCCAGUGAUGAAGAAGAGGGUAGUAGCGUAACAGCCAUCCUUAAUACUCUAAAGAAGCAAAAUGACAUGCUGAAAAACCAGCCUAGCAUGGGACCAGCAGACCCCAGACUCCAAAAGGAGCGAGUUUUACCCAACGACCCUCGAAUAAAAGCUGACCCACGUCAGCGUCCCCCAGACCCCAGAAAAGACGCUGGCGAUUGUGUCAGUGACCCAAGGCUUGCUAGAGACCCACGCAAGAUGAAACCUUUGGACGCAUCCAAACCUGACCCUCACCGCCACCCAAACCCUCCCGUUUCCCACAAACCACCUGCUGGAGAGGAUGACGACGAAUGUGAGAGAGAGCUGAGGGAACGAGCAGCCUUGAUCCCAUUGGAUCCCAGUCCCGGAGCUGCACUGCGAGACCCUCGCUGUCAAAUCAAGCAGUUCAGCCACAUCCGGGUGGAUAUUCUCCUCCAGCGUCCGGCCUUUGCGCAGACUGUGGUUUGGGCUCCCGAAGACCUCAUUCCUCUGUUGAUUCCCAAACAGGAGCCAUCCAUUAAUCUUCCGCUCCCGCCUUUAAUCGCAGAUGCUCAGCUAAACCGUAGCCUCUCCUCUCCACCAGAUCACCCUCCAUCAGCAACCCUAACACCUCCUGAUCCACGUCUGGCAGCCGCACGCUUCAAAGAGGGAGUCGUGCGACUUGGCAGUCCUCCCGGUAGGUCUGUAGAUGCUCGUCACCACCACUUGGACAAGCCCGUGGACCCACGUACUCACAAGACUCUCGAUCCCAGAAUUAGCCGGUCCGGCAGCCUGGACUCAAAGCUACCGGGUAUGAGGGAGAGUCCGUCCGGUGGAGGAGCCUCUGAUCCGCGGCUACAGCGUGGAUCUUCAAACCAACCGGUUGCGGCUAAGCCCGAAUCGGAAAAGUUGCCCCCAUAUGCUCCUCGCCUUGCAUCUUCAAUGGGUGCGGGUCUUGAGAGCCCUACCACGCUGUUAGGCGGGAUUAGUUUAUACGAUCCCCGCAAUCACAGCCUGCUCUCACCGAAACGUGAAAGCGAGGAGCACCCUAAAAAACCAAGUAUUCUGAAGUCGUCUGCGAAGCUACCAAGCUCUCCACCACAUGCCUCGCCGUCACAGGGCACAGGAGUGGAAAAAGACGAAAAAAGCCCACUUGAUGACUCUGAGAGCAACACAAGUGGCUGCCCGUCAAAUCCUCCUGUGCCUACCGUAAUGCCAGCGUCUCCUUGCUCGCCAAUUCGGGCGGCAGCUCCCGCUGUGCACAACUUGCCCAUCCAGGCGCUAGCAGGACUGAUACGGCCUGCUUACACUGACCCACGGCAGAACAAACCCGUGGGCCCUGCUGCUGGGACUCCGCAAGAGGAUGAGGAGGACAAAGACAGUAAGAAGAAAGACAGGCCCUUGAGGGAUGUCUUUAAAACAUUUGACCCAACGGCCUCUCCAUUCUGUCAGUAAACACACUUAUACUGAAUAUAGCUCAUGCAUUUACUGUAUUCUGUACAUCUGUUCUUUGUAUUCACCCUGCAUGUAUAUGAAGCUUUUCUAUUUAUUUAUAUUUGUUUGUACAUAUAUUCUCCACUGCUGCAUCAUGAUCUAACCAGAUAUAUUUUUAUUUUGGCCUCUUGUGCAUUCAUAGAUUCUCAUUGGAUAGGCAAGGACUUUAUUUGCUCGAGAAGCAUUUUAAGUACAUUUGUUUCUGGUAUAUGGAGACUUUGGUAAGCAGAGUCUGCUAAACAGGUGAGUGUAUGUAAUAUCAGUGACGCGCUUAAACGGUUAUAAGGGACGUGUGGCUUAAACUAUUCAUAUUUGUAGUGCUGUGUAAUGCAUAAAGCUAUAGAACAAAUAUUAAUUUUUGCUAUUCCCACAGUAUUUAUCACUUAAAAAGUAUAUAUAAACACUGUAAUAUAGCAGCACUUCUAUGUCUAGUGUGCAUUUCAUCAAAGCAUUUGUGAUUUUGGUGAUGAAAAGGUUCGUAUGAGAUUUCUUUCAGAAAAUCUCUGUUGUAAAUGGUUUUCUUUUUAACACUUUUUUUCAUCUUUUUUUAUGGUCAUUGUUUUUUUUGUUUGUUUUUUUUUGCGUAGAUAAUUAUAUUUUAUUUGUAUAUGUUUUUCCACAGAAAAUGCUGAACUGCUUUUGUGUUAUUUUACCAGUCUGACUGAAAUGAUAGUAAGGGAAUUUAAAUACCACAGUCACUUGCCUCUUUUUUUUAAUUCAAUGUCUAAAAUAAAAUAAAAAGGAAUUCAGUGAUUCUGAUAUUAGUGUUUUUAAGUGGGUGUCACUUUUGUGUUGUGAAGCCCAUCACAAUAGCAGCCGGCUGAACAACUUUAGUCAUCGUUUUAGCAUUUAGGCUAAUGCGGUUUACUAUACACUCACCUUUGAGGAUCAGAUCUUCAGAAAUACACUACCAGUCAAAAGUUUUUGAACAGUAGGAUUUUUAAUGUUUUUUGUUUGUUUUUGUUUUUUUGUUUUUUUGUAAAAAUUCUCUUUUGCUCACCAAGCCUGCAUUUAUUUGAUCCAAAAUACAGUAAUAGUGUGAAAUAAUACUGUUUUCUAUUUGAAUAUAUUUUAAAAUGUUUUAAAUUGAUAGAUGCUUUAAAUUGAUCAAAAGUAAUGAUAAAGACAUUUAUAAUGUUAUAAAAAAUAAAUGCUGUCCUUCUGAACUUUCUAUUCAUCAAAGAAGCUGUUUUCAACAUAAUAAUAAUAAUAAUAAUGUUUUUUUGAGCAGCAAAUCAGAAUAUUAAAAUGAUUUCUAAACGAUCAUGUGACUGGAGUAUUGAUGCUAAAUAUUAAGCUUUGAAAUCACAGGAAUAAAUUACAUUUAAAAAAAUAUUAAAAUAUAAUUAAAAAUUUAAAAUAUAAUAAAAAAAAUGCAGGCUUGGUGAGCAGAAGAGACUCAAAAAAAAAAAGCAUUAAGAAUUUUACUGUUCAAAAACUUUUCACUAAUAGUGUAUUUAGACAGAUAUUUUGUAUAUCACAUCAUCAGUGUCCAAGUAAAAAUUUCACACCUGAUCUCAUUUACAAUCAUAUUUCUAAAACGCAUUUUUACCAUAGCUUUUCAAAUUCAUGUUGAAAUAUAUAUACAUUGCAUAUAUAAUUUAGACAUAAAAAAAGCAAUGUGAAGAAAAAGGACCAGUACAAAAAAAAGAACAUACAUUCCUAAUGUAAAUCAUCAUUCUCAAAAUUAUUCCUUUUUUAAAAUAAUUCCUUUGUAAAUGUCUGCAGCUGUUAAAUGUAUACAUUCAGUUUGAUUUACGUUAGAAAUAUAGUAAUAAUAAUAGUAUUUGUGUCUUUUCUACAUAUUGCUAAAUUGUUUUAACUAAAAAAAGUUUUUUUUGGGGGGGUCAAUACAUUUCAACAAAUAUAUGUAUUAGAAGAAUUAUGUUUUUUAGUUAUGUAAGUAUUACAGUACAUAAAUGAGAUCAGGUGUGCAAUUUCUACCUAGACACUGAUAAUGAAAUAAAAUGAUAUCGAAAAUGUUUUAUCUUUGCACUAUUCACAUUUUGGGUACUUUUUAAUGUUUUAUUUUAAUGGCUUCAGCAUAAAUAUUUGUAAAGAUUUUUUGCUUAAAGCACAUUGUGUGCAUAAUGCCUUUUUUGUUUGGUGUGUAAAGCUCAAAAAAAAAAGAAGAUAAAUCAGUGUGAUAUACUACAGUA